CACACACAGACGCCACACAUUCGUGAAGUCACUGGGUCAAGUCUCUCGCUCACAUGGCGUGGGCCGAACAGGUAUUAUUCAUUAUAAUACGGUGCUUAUACCCGUCGGGGCAGACUUAUUGCAUAACGACGACGACGACGACGACGACGACGAGACGUCGAAAGCGUUAAAAGACAGCCGCAGUAUGCGCGGAACGAAGAGUCGACUUGGCGCCACGCUGCCACGCAGUUGUCAAUGCGGUUGUGGUCAAAGGUAUAGGUAUUUGAGCCUAUAUCUAACCAGCUCGGUAUAAAAAUAGUAACUCGCAGGUCAGCGCAAAAAUAUCACUACGGGUAAAAAUUUACACGAAACUCAUAUUUGGUUUUUCUUUUGCGCGCGCUAGAAAUGUUUAAUCUUUCGACCGCCAAAGCCCGUACUUGCAGCAGUUGUUGUUGCUGUUGUUGACCGAACGGCGAAACUACCUAUUUCAUACAGUGGUUAUAUAAUAUACCUUUAAUAGUGGAUCGAUUCAUCGCGAGGCUGCCACUGCACAAAGAUGAGAAACGUGUGUCUGUUGGCGGCCUUUUGGUUGGCCACGUGUGCGAUGGUCAUCGUUGGCCGCGUUACCGGGGUGGAGUUCGAUCAGAGGCAGCCUUUGUCGUACGGCGAUGACUAUUCUUACUACGGCGAACACAGUCACAGUGUGGCGGUGCCAGAGAACGAGGAAGUGUCGGCGCGCACCCAUCAUGCAAAGCUGCACAAGUUGAAGAAGCUCAAGCUCAAGAAGCGUCUGUUACUGCAGUGUCUGUUGGGGCACGGCCGGCGGCGGCGGGACACGUCCGAUGCUUCCGGUCGAUUCUUUCUUCCGGUCGUAUUGCAGAGCACCAACGUCAACGUGGGUUCCGGCGGCGGCGGCGGAUACGGCGGCCAUCAGCAGCAACAGUCGCACCACAGCGGAUGCAUGCAAAUGUUCGGCGAUGACAACAAUCACGGUCCACUGGGCUCGCCGCCGUCGUUGGGCUCGUUGGGCUCACCGUUAGGCUCGCUGGGCUCGGCGCUCGGUUCGCUGGGCUCGCUCGGGCCGGCUCCGGUGUCGGAAGAGACGGAAGAGGGCGGCAACCGCAAUUACGCCGCCGACUGGAACAGAUAUGCCAGACAGUUCCGCCGCAACUUUGUCAGGCCGCUGUACCGCCUGUUCUAGGGAGUCGUAUAUAGUCGUUUCGGCGAUUCGAUUCGGUCCCGUCGUUAUUAUAUACCUAAUAUAUAAUAUUAAUCAAGAUAAAGCGGAACUAAUUCAGGCUUGAUUAUAAUAUAAUAUAGUCAUUAUUAUAGUAUAAUUGUAUAAAAUGUUAUACCUAUCAUUGAUUAUGAAUACCUACUAAUUACUAGUACAGUUGUAUUGUAGUACUAUUUAUAAUCAAUGAUUAUAAGUAGAUGGAACCCAUUAAAACUGGAUAUGUUUUUAUAUUCAAUAUGCCUAAGAUAGAUUGGUAACCUACCCCAGGGUUAACUUAACUUUGGGCUGCGACCAUAUUAUUCCUAUUUUAUAAAUGAAGAGUUUAAACUUUAAAAGUUAUACCUACUCGCGUGUCAAUGUAUCAUAACACGUUCGUGGUCAGGGUAGGACUACUAUAGCAGUAAUUUAAAUUUUGAUGUAAUGGGUCACUACAACUGCUAUAGUAGUGAUUACAAGCCCACAAAAUCGAGCAUUUCUGCUCAUGCAGUAAUAUUUCUAAUGGUAUUAAAUGGAACUAAACAUGUGGCUGACCUAUUAUGAUCACUCAUAAGUUUGGGCACUGAUAAAUAUAAAAUUAUUUUUUUUAAUAAUUUUUGUUGAUAUUUUAAGAAAUUGAGUGAUUUUCUGAGCAGGGUAAAUAAUAAUAUAAAAUGUGAAGUGACCACGAACAUGAUAUUAUUAUUAUAUUCAUAACCGACACCGCCAGUCUUCUAUUAAUUUUUAGUUUAAUCCUAGAAACAACUCUUUUGAUUUAUUGGAAAUUUUAUUAACGCUUUAUAUAUGCAUAUAAAAAAAUAUAGGUACCCCGUACCCAACUACUAUAUCACUUAUGGCCUCCAAUUCACUUCCUGCGGGGCCCACCAAGACACGAGACACCUCUAAAAUGGAAUUGGUGCCAUGGCCCGCGUGGUCUGAAUAAGUAGAUUAUCUCCACAUCACCGGGAUAUCCCAUUUGUGGGAGUCCCUUUCGUGUGUUUUUUUUUUUAAUAUUUCAUGUCACUUUUGUAUCAUUGUAACAAUGUAAAAUAAAUUACUUACCAUUUACCA